AUGAAGACCUCGUUCCACCUCCUCGCAGCCAUGGCUCUGCUCGCUGUUGCGGCUCUCGGUGCUAACGGCGUCCACGUCGACGACAACCCCAUCGCGCACCACUCCCACGACACCAACCACCUGAUCCCUUCGGAGCCUGUGGCUGAUGAGAGGACCUGGGUGCCGUUCCGCGCUCUUCGGGCGAUGGACUCGCCCAAGCAGGGACCCAACCCCCACGACGACGGCAAGCACGCGCACCCGCACCAGGACCUCCACCACGACUCGAAGAAGGACGUCAAGCAGGCGCCUCACGCUCUGGGCCAGGCUCACGUGACGCCAGCCCCUACCAUUCCUAUCACCAAGGCCUCGCCUUCUCCGACCAAGACGAACACGCCCAGAGCCACCCCGGCGUCGACGACUACUAGGGCGACACCUCGCCCCACCACCACCUCCAGCAGCACUCACAAGGUGGCUUCACCCCCUGCCAACAAGAAGCCGAAGGGGCCUGGUGCUUCUGCGACGAAGCAGGGGAAGACUGGCGCGAGCUCGACGUCCAACGCGGUUCAGCAAAAGACGCGCAACUUGGGCGGAAACAAGGCCAAGCAGCAGCCUGACCACGACUGUGACCACCACGGUGCCAAGCAGGGCGUGAAGAAGGGAGGGAAGCACCAGUAA